AUGUCCCAUCCUCCGCCAACGUCAAACAUCGUCCUCCGCGAACACCAGCCCCAUGAUCUAGACUGGAUCGUGGCGCGCCACGGUGCCCUCUACGAGAAAGAAUACGGCUUCGGGCCUAAAUUCGAGGCGCUGGUGGCGCAAAUCACGACCGAUUUCCAGAAGAACUAUGACCAUGCGUGCGAACGCUGUUGGAUCGCAGAGGAAGCAGUUCCCCCACAGACCGUCGAGACCGAUCAGACCGAUACAGACCCCAACGCAUUGUCCCUGGGCAGUAUCAUGUUAGUCCGCGAUCCCGACGCACCCAAAACGGCCAAAUUACGACUCCUUCUGGUGGAACCGCGUGCGCGGGGUCGGGGCGUGGGACGGUCCUUGAUUCAGCAAUGUGUUCGCUUUGCCAGAGAGACCGGGUAUGAGCGAGUGGUGCUAUGGACGCAGAGUGUGUUGGAGUCGGCGCGACGGCUAUACCGUGCCGAAGGAUUCCAGCUGUUGAAGCAGGAGGAGCAUGAAGGGUUUGGCAUGAAGAUCACGGGGGAAUUUUGGGAGUUGAUGCUGUGA